AUGGCUGCUCCUCCCGGCAUCCGUAUCGCCAUCGACCGCGGCGGCACCUUCACCGACUGCGUAGGCAACCCCGGCUCCGGGCGCUUCGAGGACGACGUCGUCAUCAAGCUGCUCUCUGAAGACCCCGCCAACUACGCCGAUGCGCCGCUCGAGGGCAUCCGCCGCCUAUUGUCCGUCUUCGGGGGCCGUGACAUCCCCCGCGGGGCUCCCCUCGACACCACCCGCAUCGCCAGCAUCCGCAUGGGCACCACUGUUGCCACUAACGCCCUGCUGGAGCGCAAGGGCGAGCGCAUGGCCCUGCUCGUCUCCAAGGGCUUCCGGGACUGCCUGCAUAUCGGCAACCAGUCGCGCCCCCGCAUCUUCGACCUUGCCAUACGCCGCCCGGAUGUGCUGUACGAGCAGGUCGUCGAGAUUGACGAGCGAGUCACCCUCGAGGACUACACCGAAGACCCCGCCCGGCAUCUCACUUCGGCGCUCGCCCGCGAAGCGGCUCCUGCGGGAGCUGAAGUCGUGCGGGGGUUGUCCUCUGAAGCUGUCCGCAUCCUACGGCGCCCGUGCGAAGCUUCCGUCACGGACCAGCUGCGCCAGCUGUACCAGGACGGCUUCCGCAGCAUCGCCGUGUGCCUCAUGCACGCGUACACAUUUCCAGACCACGAAGCUCUCGUGGGCAGAAUCGCAAGAGACAUUGGAUUCAGCCAUGUUAGUCUCAGCCAUGAGCUCAUGCCCAUGAUCAAGCUGAUCCCACGCGCCACCUCCGCCUGCGCCGAUGCCUAUCUUACCCCAGCGAUCAAAAAAUACAUCUCGAGCUUCCAGGCAGGAUUCGAGGGCGGCCUUGGCGUCAAGGCUACCCAGGGCUCCUCUGCGCCCAACACGGCGCGCUGCGAGUUCAUGCAGUCCGACGGUGGGCUCGUCGACGUCAGCCAGUUCUCGGGCUUACGUGCUAUCCUGUCGGGGCCGGCCGGUGGAGUCGUGGGCUACGCUCUGACCAGCUAUGACCCCGAGACCAAGAUUCCUGUCAUUGGCUUCGACAUGGGUGGCACUAGCACUGAUGUCAGUCGCUACGGCGCCGGCCGAUACGAGCAUGUGUUUGAGACUACUACGGCCGGUGUUACGAUACAAUCUCCGCAGUUGGAUAUCAACACCGUCGCGGCUGGAGGUGGCUCGCGUCUUUUCUAUCGCAAUGGUUUAUUUGUCGUUGGCCCGGAGUCCGCGGGCGCGCACCCAGGGCCUGCCUGUUAUAGAAAAGGAGGCCCUCUGACCGUCACUGACGCAAAUCUAUUCUUGGGCAGAUUGCUACCAGAUUUCUUCCCAAAAAUUUUUGGCAAGAAUGAAAAUGAGGGCCUAGACGAAGAAGCGAGUGAACGCCUCUUCAAAGAAAUCACUGAUGAAAUUAAUAAAGAAGCUCCUGGGGACAUGAAAAUGACCCCGGACGAGGUAGCAUAUGGUUUUAUCAAGGUUGCUAAUGAAACGAUGGCCAGGCCCAUUCGCUCACUAACCGAAGCAAAAGGGCAUGAUGCCUCAAAACAUCGUCUCGCCACAUUUGGUGGUGCAGGUGGUCAACAUGCCGUAGCCAUUGCUAACAGUCUUGGUAUUAAACAGAUUUUAGUUCAUCGUUAUUCUUCCGUACUAUCAGCCUAUGGUAUGGCUUUGGCUGAUGUUGUGGAUGAAAGCCAGGUUCCGGAAUCCAAAGUAUGGUCGGACGACCAAAAGGUAAGAGCAGAGCUGAAGGGAAAGAUGGAUGAAUUAAAGGCAAAGGCCACAGAAAAAUUGAUGGGCCAAGGCUUCAAGAAAGAGUCCAUUGUUUUCGAAGAAUAUUUAAAUAUGCGAUACAGAGGAACCGAAUCCUCUCUGAUGAUUAUUAGACCUGGGAAAGAUGACUAUGAAUAUGGAAACGCUUUUGUACAGCAGCAUGAACAAGAAUUUGGGUUUACGCUCCCCGAUCGCGACAUCAUCGUUGAUGAUGUUCGUGUCAGAGCCAUUGGCAGAAGCUUUGACGAUCUGGGAAAAACUGUGGACCAACAGUUGCGGGAGAUGAUACCAAAGGACGUUGAUCCCUCCCAAAAGUAUAGCACCAAACAAGUAUAUUUUGAAGGCGGACGUCGUGAAACUCCGAUUUUCAAACUUAAUAGUCUGGAAGUCAACACUCGCAUCCCAGGCCCGGCCAUCCUCGCCGAUGGGACGCAGACACUGGUAGUCACUCCAGAAGCCACAGCUCUGAUUCUGAAAACUCACGUUGUUAUUAAUAUCGGUUCUUCAGAGGGAUCUAACUCUAAGACCAGCGUAACGAGCGUAGAUCCUAUCCUGCUAAGUGUGUUCUCGCACCGCUUCAUGGCGAUUGCAGAGCAAAUGGGCCGAGCACUGCAGAAGACAAGUGUGAGUACAAAUGUUAAGGAAAGACUGGAUUACUCCUGUGCUUUGUUUGAUUCUGAUGGAGGGCUCGUCGCAAAUGCGCCGCACUUGCCUGUGCAUCUGGGAAGCAUGUCUACUUGUGUUCGCACCCAGGCAAAUAUCUGGAAGGGAAAAUUGAAACCUGGUGAUGUCAUUGUUUCUAACCACCCAGAAUUCGGAGGUACACAUCUGCCUGAUAUUACAGUGAUCACUCCAGCGUUCAACGGUGAAGAUAUCAUAUUCUAUGUAGCCUCAAGAGCCCACCAUGCCGAUAUUGGUGGUAUUCUACCUGGCUCCAUGCCACCUCACUCUCGCGAACUAUAUCAAGAGGGCGCCGCUAUCAAAUCAGAAAAGCUUGUAUCUCAAGGAAUAUUCAACGAAGAGCGCAUCACAGAGCUCUUAUACCAUGAGCCGGCGCAAUACCCAGGAUGCAGCGGAACACGCUGUCUUGCUGACAACCUGAACGACCUUAAGGCUCAAGUUGCCGCCAAUCAGAAAGGUAUCGGUUUGAUUUCUGCCCUGAUUGCGGAUUAUGGAGAAGACGUGGUUCAAUUCUACAUGAGGAAUAUUCAGAAGAACGCCGAACUCAGUGUUCGUAAUUUAUUGAGAACAGUCAGCAAAAGAUUUGAAGGAGCGGACCUUACAGCCAUCGAUUAUAUGGACGAUGGAAGCCCUAUUCAAUUGAAAGUCUCUAUAGACGCGGAAAAUGGCUGCGCAGUCUUCGACUUUGAAGGGACGGGCCCGGAAGUAUAUGGAAACAUCAAUGCUCCCGAGGCAGUCACUUAUUCAGCCAUUAUAUACUGCCUGAGAUGCCUUAUCUCGGAGGACAUACCACUAAAUCAGGGCUGUUUGAAGCCAAUAGAAGUUAAAAUACCGAAAAACUCCUUCCUCUCACCUUCAGGAAAAGCUGCUGUUGUUGGAGGCAAUGUUCUCACGAGUCAACGAGUGACAGACGUUAUUUUGAAAUGUUUCCAAGCUUGUGCAGCGUCGCAGGGUGAUACAAACAAUUUAACUUUUGGUUUCGGCGGUAACCUCAACGGCGGCGAAGCUACUAAAGGUUUCGGCUACUAUGAAACUAUCGCCGGCGGAAGCGGUGCCGGGCCAGACUGGGAAGGCACCUCAGGCGUUCACACACAUAUGACGAAUACUCGCAUCACGGACGCUGAGGUAUUUGAGCGUCGAUAUCCAGUCUUGCUCCGGGAAUUCAGCCUUCGGUCGGGGUCUGGGGGCAAAGGUCAGCAUUGCGGUGGCGACGGAGUCAUUCGAGAUAUUGAAUUCAGAAUCCCGGUUCAUGUAUCUAUUCUUUCAGAACGGAGGGUCUAUCACCCCUAUGGUCUCCAUGGAGGCGAGGACGCACAAUGCGGGCGGAAUAUCUGGGUGCGAAAAGUUCCGAAAAAGGACAACCCUGAGGAGUUCGAGGAGCGGCGUGUGAAUAUGGGAGCCAAAAACACUGCCCAGAUGCAGCCUGGAGAAAGGAUUAUUGUGUAUACUCCCGGUGGCGGAGGCUGGGGUGAGCCUGCGUCUGAAAAAAAGAUACGGGCUGACCAGGAUCCUCGACAUGCUUGGAAAGGGGGGUCGGUGGCAGGCCGGGCAGAGACGCAAGAAACAAGUAUGUAA